CUGGCCCGGCUGAGUAACGGCCUGACUCAAAUCACGGCCAAAACAAUGGACACCUAUGGCAAAAUAAAAGCUACCCUGGAGGCAAACAAAUUUGCCUUUUUUACUCACCAGCCCAGAUGGGAACGAGGUGCUAGAUUUGCCAUCUUGAAUGCGAAGCUUAAAAUACUUAAAAUUAAGGUCCUAGGCAGCCAGGAGGUACGCGUCGAGAGGCAAAGGGAGAUUCCCCAAUGCAAAAACUGCUCCUCUUUGGCCAUACAGCCAGGUACUGCUGCCUUCCCCCGCUCUGCUCCGUCUGUGCUGGCCAGCACAAAUCCGACAAAUGCCCCUCUCCUGAUGGCCAAUCUCCAAAGUGUGGCAUCUGCGGAGAUGGCCAUAGAGCCACCUAUAGGAGCUGUGCCUUUUAUAAGGCUGAACUGGCAAAAUUUGUCGUUGACCAGCGCCCAGAGCGGCAAGAAAGGCAAAUGAAUCAUGAAAAGGAAAGAAAAUUUGGGCAUGAGACAAUGAAUAUGCAAUCUAACGCUAACAAAAACUUACCUGAAGUCCACCAGCAACCGUCUGCACCACCUUGCCAGUCGACCUGUCCAGAUUUCCGCUCGUCUAAUGCACCAGUACCUGAAAAUAAAACAAAUCGUAAAAUAAAAUCAACUAAAAUCUA